UGUAUGUGUGUGUUGCAGACAGAUGGUCAGGUACACAGACGUCUGAGUGUGAGUGCCAGUCAAAAUGAAGAGCUGGAGCUGAUUAGCUGCCUACUGCCUGAUGAUGUGUUGGUAGAGAUCCUGUCAGAGAGACUGCAGCUUAGCGACUGUCACUGUGGUGUUGUGAUUGACGGAUUGGAGACAGUGUACUGCCACUCACCAAGUAAAACGCUCCAGAUCAUCCUGAAAGCCUUCGACAACCGUCGCCAUAUUUAUGUUAUUAACCUGUUUAACAGCUACAGUGUCUUCAAGCUAAGAGAACAGGACAAGUUUGAGCAAGAACAAGAAGAGAGAAGACAACAGGAGCUUGAGAGUUUAAGAGAAGAGGAGAUGACACCUAGUGAGGACUGGGAUACAAAACCAAAACAUGAAGACCCCCUGCCACUUUCUGAGGACCUACAACAAGAAAUGUCCAGUGAGAGUGACAGACAACUACUGGCCCGAUUCCAUCUGUACGAACAGAAUCAGCCAGAACUCCAACACGUUCUUCAGUUCUGGGACCGAACACAGACUCUCUUAUUGCAGCCCAUGGCUGCCGAAGCCCAAGAGACUGCAGACAUAACGAACUGUCCUCCUCCCUCUGCCAAGAAGAGCAAGAAGGAACGAGAGAAGGAAAAAGCUGAGAAGGAAAAGCUGAAAGUGGAGGCUGCAGAUAUGAAGUCUCCAGCUCCCAGUCAGACCCAAGUGUCAGCUGAUGGUGCCGAGGUUUUGGAAAAGAUAGUGGUUCCACAGCCUAUCCCCUACAUCUGGCUGUCUAUAAAAGAGAAGGAACAACUGGAUGGAUUCAAGAUCAUCAGUAGCAUGAAACUACCCUCCCAUGAGGAGGUUUUGGAUGGGUUAGGGUUAGGACCUAAAGGUCCACCCAUUCCACCACCUAUAAUAUUCUCCAUAGUCCCAUACCCUAAGACAAGAUCAGUGCCCAACACACAGCUCUCCAACAGCUCUUUUACUUUUUUGAUGCCCACGUCUUUUGAGGAUCUGCCAGAAAAGAAAAAAAUAGAACUGAGAUCGGAAAUCAUUAAGGAGGGCAUGACGAUUACUAACACAUCUAAUCCUGGCCAGAGUGUACCUUCUGAGGAACCUAACCCAGAGUACAUCCAGGGACUCACUAGUUUCCGCUGGAUUGUACCAUCAAAUGGAGCCAUCACUCUAAGGAUCAGGUUUUACUCUUCUGUUCUUGGAAAUUUUGAUCAGACUUUCAGCUUUGAGGUGAUGGGGACUAAGCGAUGUUAUCAGCUAUUCUGUAGAGGAAUUUGUGCUUACCCAUCUAUAAGCAGAGACCCCAAAAUUGUGUUUGCACGCUGCAAAAAGAGUCUGCGGCCUGAGAGUGGACUUCAAAAGACUUACAUUAUCCAGUCAGAGCUGUAUGAGUUUGGACCGCUGCUAUGUGGAAAGACCAGGGACAGGUAUAAAGAAGCGAAAUAUCCCGAGAACAUGGACAAGUUUGUAAUUCACAAUACUUCUAAAAUGGAGGCAGAGAUCCUUUUUUGCUUUCAACAUGACACCAAGGCCACCACUUUCCUUCUUGACCCUCCAAAUAUGACACUGGAACCCAAUGAGCGAAAACUACUGAUGGUGUGGGCAUACCCAAAUACCCCUAAACGUAUAGAGGACAGUUUGGUGUGCUGCAUCAAGGGGAACCCAGAGCCUGUUGUUUUCCGUCUGUCCUGUAUAGGAGUCAGGCCUGAACUGGAGCUAGACCGCAAGCUGCUCCAGUUUGAAAAAACUCCACCAUACAGAAAAGAAACCCAGAGUUUAUGUCUGCGCAAUAACACCCUUAUGCCAGCUGCUUGGAGGCUGAGGGGUCUGGAGAUUCUUGGGGAUGAAUUCAGCGUGUCUCAGAACAAAGGCAUCAUAAUGCCUCAUUCUGACUUCAGGCUGCACAUGUAUUUUAUAGCCAAGAACCCUGUCAAACUGAAGAGGGCCAUUUGUUUAGAGGUGUCAGAUGUGGAGAACAUUCUUGGCAUUGUUCAACAUUCAGAGAACAUUCAGAUUAUAGCAGAGGCCUACGAUAUUGCAUUGGACAUAACCAUUCCAGAAGAUUCUGAUGGUUCAGUAGACUUCGGAACAAUCAAAGUAUCAGAAGAGGUCAAGCGGUCUAUUAAAUUGGAAAACAAAGGCAAAUAUGACAUAGCCUUUAAGUUUACUCUAGUGGCCACAGAGCCAGGAAUGCCAGAUCUGAACUCAGUGUUCUCCAUCACUCCUCAGAAAGGCUCAUUACGCCCCAACAAUAAGCCCAGUGCUGUCCAGAUUAUUUAUCACCACAACCAGGAGAUGUCCAUCAGAGAUAGCCCAAUCCUUCGCUGUCAGGUUAUUGAGCCCAGUUUAGAUGGUGGCGAGACCAUUAACACUAUACCAAUCAAAGUGUCCGUCCAGGCUCUUUUCACCAAAUACAGUGUCAAUCCCUCUAAUGAUAUCAACUUUGGCCCACUGGUGUAUGGCUCUCGCAAGAAACAGACUCUCAUUGUGGAGAACAGAGGCAGCUUUGAGAUGCGUUUCACCAUUAGGAUGUGUAAAAACGCCCCAGUUCCUGCACAGAGGAGAGGCUUGGGAAGUAAGAAGCCUUCAAAAGACAGUUAUGCUACAAAACCACCCAGUGCCAGUGAAUUACGACACACUGUGCAGAAUGAGACUGGCAUAUCAACACAGAUACAUUUGACAUGUGGCAUUUUUUCAUUGUCUCCGUGUUUUGGGGUUCUGGUACCUGGAGCCCAACAAGUGGUUACUGUGGAUUGCAAGGCAGAGCAUGUAGGCAGUUGGGAGGAAUGUCUAGCUAUAGACCUCACUGACAGAGACCCCUCUGACAACCCUGACGGGAUUCCAUACAAGCUAAUAGCAGAAGUUUGUAUGCCAGGAAUAGCGAGUACAGACAUUGCUUCUAUCUUUGAGGAGCACCGAAUCUGUAAGAACAGUAGCAUGCUACAGUGUGAGCAAUACCGGGACAGUAUGGGCAUCUAUGUACAGGACGAGAACAAGUUUGUCUUCAACAAUGUACUGGUGGGUCAUUCAGCCAAAGCCCAGUUCCGGCUGACCAAUCCAGGAAAAGUGUCCUGUGAACUCAGCCUGGUGAUCAAAACUGCCAAGACUACAACGCACAAUGCAGAGGUUUUUGAGGUGACCCCUACAAAGUUGUGUAUCCCCAGCCACUCUCAUGCUUUUGCCACCAUCACCUUUUCUCCUUUGACUAUGCACACAUAUCAUGCUGUGUUUGAGGCACUUCUGAAAGGGACUGCAAGUCAAGCUUCUGCCACCAAACCCAAAGCUCUGGUGUUUGAUCUAAUGGGCGAAGGCAAUUUGCCCUGCAUCACAGUUCUGAGACCUAUUCAGAGGACUAAUCGAGGUCAGCCAGUGCUGCAGUUUAAGCGCUUAUUGGUGGGACGGAGGCAGACUCUUCCAUUAGUGAUCAAGAACAAUGGCAAUGUGCCUGCACAAGUUAGCAUUGUACUACAGUGUCACCUGGAUGUUUUCGCUCUAAAAGCUGCUCCUGGAACUGUUUGCAGACUGGCCUCCUCACAAAUAGAAAGCAAUCCCAGAGAAGAGACAAAACUAGUGCAUGUAGCCUCCCUGAACCUCAUGGCUGGACAACAAGCAGAAUUCCAGGUUGGGUUUCACCCAAAGGUGGCUCAGAAGUUUGAGGCCUGCUUGAAGUUAAUGGUAAAGGAUAACCAGUAUGAUCAGACAGUGGUGCAGCUUGUGGGUGAGGGUUACCAUGAUAUCAUCAUCCUGGACAACAUUGGCAGCAGAGUUCAGCAGGACAGCAUUGAAAGUGUCUCUGACCUUCUGAAUUUUGGAGACUGUCACGUGGGCCGCACUUACCAAGAAACUUUCACCAUGACAAACCCAAGCAGCUCCAAGGUGCUACGCUUCGAAUGGAUUCCCUGUGGCCCACAGCUGAGCUUUUCUCCACAAGUUGGUCACUUGCACGCUGAUUGCUCCAAAGUUGUGACCGUGAACUUCUGCUCAGAGGAGCCCAUUGUGCUGAACGCACAAACAAUAAAAUGUAAACUCAGCAGUAUUACCUUUCAGCAGCCUGUAGACCAGGUCCCAGACUGGGAUGACUGUCAUAGGACUGUUAAAUGGAUGGAUGUAGAAAAGUCACCACGACAACCAACCAAACGCAAGGUGGUAGCGACAGACCCGGAGCCUCCUCACUCUGUGGUGGAGAACUCCUCAAGAGAGAUGGAGCUGAUAGUUAGUGCCACAUGUGAUUACGCCAAAUACCAGUGUGAUACUGGACCCAUCCGUUUCAAAGACACGAUGCUGUACCAGACCAGAGUCUUUCACUUCAAGAUGGAGAACAAAGGCAGUGUUAAACUGGAGUAUUCCUGGCAGGUUCUGAUGGAGACAUAUGGAAAGACUGCAUGCUUUGAACAUGGAGGUAGGACAUCCCGCUCGGCUCAAGGGAGUAGGACACCAGAAAGACCAGCGAGCUCUCUGCAGAGUGUGUCUUCUCUACUGCUAGGAGACCCAGAGCUUCCUCCCUUCAGUGUUGAAUCUGACGUAGGGUUUAUCAGCCCAGGAGCCAGUCAAACUUUCCACAUCCGGUUCUCCCCUCUGGAAGUAGCUGAGUUUAAGGCCAGCUUGAUCUGCAGCAUCGCUAAUCUGAAGGAUCAGCAGAGUCCAGUGAUCACCGUAAGUGGUCGCAGUUUGCUGCCAUACUGUCAUUUCCACCUAAAGGAUUCGGACUACCUCACUGGAAACAGACGGAACCCUGAGCCCCACAGUCCCCUCACUGUGGACCCCAAUACCAGGGUUAUAGAGUUCACCUCAGUGGGUAUUGGCAUGAUUGUCCGGAGGGAAUUUGGUGUUAUUAAUCCCACAAACAAGCCAUACUCUUUUAUCUGGAGAUGUGAGGACUUGGGCGAAUCUUCUUUCAGCUGCCUUACACCAAACAAGUCCAUUGAGCCGGGGAAAGAAGUGAAGGUCUCAUUUGAGUACCAGGUUCUUAACCUAGAUUUAAUGGAAUCCUUCUGGACCUUCUCAAUCCCUGAGCACAACUUGUCUUUGCCCUUUCUGCUAGUGGGCACUGCUAAUGAGCCUGUUGUCUACAUUGAUCGAGCCCACCUCAAUCUGGGCAGUUUGCUACUAGGUUUUGAAGCUCAUCAGACUGUGUUUGUGGUGAACAGAGAAGAUCAACCGUUCCAUUUUAUGGUUCAAGAGUCUUCGUGCCACUCUGAGGGCUACCAGGACAGCUUGGUGCUAGAGCCUAUGGAGGGAACAGUUCCACCUAAAGAUAAGAUCCCAUUGGUCAUACGGAUCACUCCCACUCGGGAAGGAGAUGUGGCUUUUAAUCUAGUAGUGACAGUACGGAGGAAGCUCCAGCCGCUGACCAUGAACGUGAAGGGAGAGUGUUACAGCAUGAACGCUCAUGUUCGAUACGAGAGCCCCGAGGGAUCCAUCACAGAGCUCUCAUCAAACCAGAUCCAUCCUGUGGACUUCAAACAGGUGGAGCUAAACGAUAAAUCCACAUGUACGUUUGUGGUCUCUAAUCCUGGGAAAUUCAGUUUAGAUGUAGAGUAUGAUCUGUCUGGGCCGGCAGCGCUGCAGCCCCACCUGCAGGUGGAACCUAAGUUGGACACAGUGGCUGUAGCUGGACAGAGUUCCUGCAUCUUGACCUUUUGCCCUCAGCGGAAAUGUGCGCUCAAAGAUCUGACCUUUUCUGUUAAGGUAAAGAAUGGGCCGGUAUUCUGUUGCGCAAUAAAGGGCUCGGCUGUGGCUCCAGAUCUGGAAUUUUCUUUCCUAAAGCACAACUUUGGAAGGCAUUUCAUAUAUUGUGAUGGUAUGGUACCUGUUACACACACACUGGUGAUUAGCAACAGAAGCAGCAGGGAAAUCAGUCUAGACUGCUUGUUCUCCAACACACCUGUCUUGGAGGUCAGCUUUACCCCUCAAGUCCUUUCUCCUGGCGGCUUCGUCGAGGUUCUCUUCUCGUUCUACCCACGCAAAGCAACUCGCUAUCGUGAGAAGGUCGUUUUUGAGAUGAACAUGUGUGCCAAACAAGUGGUGGAGAUCCUGGGACAGGGUGUUGAGAUGAAGAUUCAUUUGGAGGACUCCGCUCACAAGGUGGUCAAUUUUGGAGCUCUGCAGAUUGGCCAACAGAGUCGGAAAUUGAUCCCUCUGGUGAACAACAGCCACGCUUCCCUGACUUUUAGUCUUCGCAGACACUCUGAUAACCUUCUUCAAGACUCGAUGCUCUUGUCAGUGCGUCCAGAAGGGGAGGUGACACUAAAAGAGGGGGGUGGCCGCUGUGUAGUGGAGCUUCUCUUUUCUCCUGAACAGCGCACACCCCCUUUCACUGAAGAGCUGCAGCUGGAGUGUUUAGGUGCUGUUCGCCCCCUGCUGGUCAUGAAGGGAUGUUGUCAGGGAGUGGAGGUCAGACUGGACACAGACUACCUGCAGUUUGGAGCAGUUGUCCAACGCUGCCAAGCCAGCCGUCGCAUUAUAAUGCAGAACACAGGAGACAUUGGUGCAAGAUUCAAAUGGGAUGUAAAGAGUUUUGCUCCAGAUUUCAUCAUUUUCCCCGCUGAGGGCUACAUCACUCCAGGAAUGGAAGUAUCCCUUGAAGUGACUUUUGUCCCAACCGAGCUGAGUCAAGAUCUGCGCUAUGAUGAUCUCUGCUGUACUAUCGAAGGGGGCAAACCAUUAAAACUCACCCUCACUGGCUCCUGCAUUGUCCCUACAGUUGCAACAGAGGUGGUGAAUUUUGUGUGUCAGGUGCGCUGUCAGUGUACUCAGUCUCUUGCUCUACCCAACCGCAUUAACCAGCGCUGGACUCUGAAAUGUGUCAUAGAGGGAGAGCACUGGAGCGGGCCGCCCACUCUCCUCAUUGAGCCCCUGCAGCAGAACACCUAUGAGAUCACAUACAAGCCACUGGUCAUGACUGCAGACGGGGAAAGGCACGAGGGCUCCGUUUUCUUCUCUUUUCCUGAUGGCAGUGGAAUACUGUACACAUUGCAUGGCACAUCUGAGCCACCGAAGGCUGAAGGCACAAUAACCGAAGAGAUCAAAUCCAAGAGCCACCACACACAGACAGUAUCUGUCCACAACUGGCUGCCCAGACCUCAGAGGUUCCGUGCUGUGAUGGAGCUCAUCAAACCAGAUCGUUCAGAUGGCAUUGUUUCCCUGAAGGGCCUGGAAUACAUUGAUGUGCCUGCACUAGAUACGAAGAAUUACACACUCUCCUUCUUUACUUAUAAAGAGGGCCAGUACAAUGCUAAAUUGACUUUCAAGAACGAGACAACAGGCGAGUACCUCUUCUAUAAUCUCAACUUCAAAGCAAUGGCUCCAGGAGUGAUCAGCACUAUAGAAAUGGCGACCCGGGUGAGGCAGAUGACAUCAGGGUCCGUGGAGGUGGAGAACCCACUUCUUGUGGAUGUGUCGUUCUCUGCAGAGUGCCAGAAUGCAGACAUCUGCAUUCCUCCACAGUUCCUUGUGCCUGCUCAGUCUAAGGUUACAUUGACUUUUGAAUAUCAGCCUCUGUGUGAGGGAGAAUCCACAGCCCGGCUGGUGAUGUACGCUACUGAACUCGGACACUUCUUUUAUGAGCUUCAACUGAAGGCCCUGCCUGCACCCUUUGAGAAGCCUCUAUAUUUCAGAGCACCACUUGGCAGCAAACACAGUGUCAUAGCUAAGUUCACCAACUUUUCUCGUGUCAAGACUGAAUACAUAUGCAAGACGGACAACCCAAACUUCACUGUGGAAAAGAAUGUUAAAGCAGCAGCGGGGAACCAAACUGGCUCAGAUAUCAGUGUGACGGUGCAUUUCGAGCCUUGCCAGGUGGGAGACAUCCAAAGCCUGCUCAACAUCUCCUCAGACUUUGGAGGGGAGUACGUCUUCCCUCUGUAUGGCACCUGCACCCCACCUAAAGCUCAGGGUCCCCUCAUCAUCAGCUCAGGUUCCAGUGUCUCGAUUUCCUUUAAAAAUGUCUUUCAACAGACCACCACAUUCUCCUUCCAGGUGGACAACCCUGCCUUCACUGUCAAGGGUGCUGAGACUAUUUUACCUCAGAAAACGCAGCACAUACAGGUUAUAUUUGACAGCCCACCUACGGGCUCCAGAGGCCCGUGUCAUGGAAAGCUGACGAUCUCUUGCCCGCGUAUGGAGGGCCAUGGACAGGGCAUCUUCUGGGUUUACUACUUGAAAGGUUACUGUCCAGAGCUUCCUUCAGAGAAAAGAACAUCAUGAAGAAAGAACCAUGCUGGAUAAAAUAAUUCACGGUAGUGGUUAAAAAUGGCUAAAACUUUAUUGAAUAUUGUUUUUGUUUGGUUUUUUAAAUAUAGUAGGAUUUCCUGGGCAAAGUUCUUAAUUAAAAAAAAAAGUUUUCAUUUAUUUUUUCAGUCUUUCGGUUUUGAGAAAUAUGCUAUUUUUAACAAAAUACAGAUUUAUUGUAAAAACUGAAAAUGAACAGAAAAAAAAUAAUAAAAAUGUCUGCAGCACUCAAGUUAACUGCUGUUGCUCCUGGGUGCUCUUUUUUUAGUCCACCAGGAGGUGCACUUGUUGCUCCUACAUCACCUUUAACAUGUUCCAUCUACUUAGGCAUGAUAGGAGGUACAUUCCCUCUAGGUUCAUGACUGCGAUACAGUUAUUUGAUUGUAUGUGUGUGUAUUUGUGCAUAUUAUGUGAUGCUUGUUUCAUACUCAUUUACAGAAUGAAUGUGUGUGAAAUCUCUUGCAUUUAUCUCUAAUUUUCCCUGCCAAGCCUUCCUGUAUGCUUUUUGCAUUUUCUAGCCAUAUUGAGAUCUCAGAAAGACAAAGUGGGUGGGUGAAUGAAUGCAAGGAUAUGCAGGUUGAUAUUAGAUAUCUUGUUAAACUUGUUGUUAUUGUCAACUAAAACUAUUGAAAAAAUUUGUUCAUUGAAAUAACAAAUAUACUUUUUCAUUAUUUUCUUUUAUUCUACCAGCUUUUUAUAUAG